UACUGAAGACGCGAAUGUUGAUUAUUCGAUCGUGGUGUAACCGACAGUCAUUUCCGGCAGUCGAUAACCAAAUACAUACCUAUGAUAGCUAGUCGUCUCACAGCGACAUGAAAAGCGUGUUUUUCUGCUGUUAAAGUCUUAUUAUUUUUAUUGUUCCGUUUUAAAUUUACUACGAUGCGACGCAUAAUAAGGGCGGCAAGCGCCUUUAGCUUGCUGGCGGGUGCCGUAAAUGGCUUACAAGUCGAUUUCACAAAUGAUGAUUCAAUAAAGCAAGCAGCGAGCACAGUAGCAUAUGGUUUAUUAAAAUACUACACCGGCAACAAUACCGGCGACACACCUGGCAACUUACCCGAUCCAUACUUCUGGUGGGAAGCUGGCGCGAUGUUUGGAACAAUGGUAGACUAUUGGUUUCUCACGGGCGACGAGUCGUAUGUCGAGGUCACGAAGCAAGCGCUGGUUCACCAGGCCGGCGACGAUAAGGACUACAUGCCCACGAACCAGACAAGGACAAUGGGAAACGAUGACCAAGGGUUCUGGGCGAUGGCGGCCAUGUCGGCGGCGGAGAACAACUUCCCCAACCCGCCUGCUGACCAGCCACAAUGGUUAGCUCUGGCACAAGCCGUCUUCAACGAAUACGUGGACCGCUGGGACCCAGAGACAUGCAACGGCGGACUACGAUGGCAAGUCUUCACAUUCAACAACGGGUACAACUACAAGAACUCGAUCUCCAACGGGUGCUUUUUCAACAUCGCGGCGCGGCUCGCGCGGUACACGGGGAACCAGACGUACGCGGACUGGGCGGAGAAAGUCUGGGACUGGAUGGAAGAGAUCGGCUUCAUCGACGAGCAGUACAACGUCUUCGACGGCGCGGGCGUGGAGGCCGAGUGCACCGAGUUCAGCCGUCCGCAAUGGACGUACAACGCGGGCAUCUUCCUCCACGGGGCCGCGGUCAUGUACAACGUGUACAACACCUCGUCGGACGCGAGCACGGAGAUCGGGGGCGGCAACGCCACCGCCGGCGAGGUGUGGGCGCAGCGCACGCAAGGCAUGAUGCAGCGCACGGUGGACCUGUUCUACAACGGCACGGGCGUGCCCACGGAGCACUCGUGCGAGCCGUUCAACCAGUGCAACAUCGACCAGCAGAGUUUCAAGGGCUACCUGAUGCGCUGGAUGACGGGGACGGCGCAGAUGGCGCCCUUCACCUUCGACACGCUCAUGCCCCUCGUGCAAUCGGCCGCCGCGGCCGCCGCCCUGCAGUGCUCCGGCUCGCCUCCCGCCGACCAGUUCCGCGGCGACCCGGGCACGGCGUGCGGGUUCAAGUGGACGCAGGGCGCGGAUUUCGACGGCCUGGUCGGCGUGGGCGAGCAGAUGAGCGCGCUGUCCGCCAUCCAGUACACGCUGGUCAAGAAGGCCGAGGUCGGCGGCCAGGACAAGGUCCCCGUCACGGCGAACUCGGGCGGCACCUCGAUCGGCAAUGUGAACGCCGGCGCGUCCACCGAGUCGAAAAUACCCACGCCGAAGCCGAUCUCAACGGCGGAACGAGUAGCGGCUGGGUUUGCGACUACAGCGGUGCUGUUCAGUGUGUUAGGCGGGAGUUUCUUCGUCAUGAAGGAGUAAGAUGAUAUUUUACAUUCUACGUUGAAAAAGUGUUACCAGGGAGGAGGCAU